AUGCCGUUAUUUGGAAAAUCACAGAAAAACCCAGUGGAGGUAGUAAAACAAAUAAAAGAAGCUGUGGUUGCAUUGGAAAAAGGAGACAAAAAGUUAGAAAAAGCACAGGAAGAUGUUAGCAAGAAUCUUUUAGUCAUAAAAAAUUUAUUAUAUGGAACUGCAGAUACUGAGCCCUUGUCUGAUAUUGUUGUUGCUCAGUUAGCACAAGAAAUGUAUAACAACAAUUUAUUGCUGAUGUUGGUACAAAAUUUGACAAAAAUAGACUUUGAAGGCAAAAAGGACGUUGCUCAAGUUUUUAACAAUGUUCUUCGUCGGCAAUUGGGUAGCCGAUCACCUACUGUUGAACAUAUCUGUGCAAAAUCUGAAAUUCUGUUUACUCUUAUUGCCGGGUAUGAACAUCAAGAAAUAGCUCUUAACUGUGGAACAAUGUUACGUGAAUGUGCUAGAUAUGAAGCAUUAGCAAAAAUAAUGCUGUACUCAAAAGAAUUUUUCAAUUUUUUUCGUUAUGUAGAAGUUUCAACUUUUGAUAUUGCUUCAGAUGCAUUUUCCACAUUUAAGGAAUUGCUGACUAGACACAAACCACUCUGUGCUGAAUUCCUUGAAAUCAACUAUGAUAAAGUGUUUACACAUUAUCAACAACUACUGAACUCUGAAAAUUAUGUAACUCGUCGCCAAAGUCUCAAAUUACUUGGUGAACUAUUGUUAGACCGUCAUAAUUUUACGGUUAUGACUCGCUACAUAUCAAAUCCUGACAAUUUGAAAUUGAUGAUGAAUAUGUUAAAAGAAAAAUCUAGAAAUAUCCAAUUUGAAGCUUUUCAUGUUUUUAAGGUAUUUGUUGCUAAUCCUAAUAAACCUAAGCCUAUUCUUGACAUUUUGCUUCGUAACCAAGACAAGCUGGUUGAAUUCUUGACAAGAUUUCAUACUGAACGAUCUGAAGAUGAACAGUUCAAUGAUGAAAAGGCGUAUCUGAUCAAACAAAUUAAAGAGCUCAAACCCACUACUAGUGAUCAAUGA